AGCACAUCGGGAUGACGAUGGACGCUUGGACGAUGCCCCCCACCGUCGCCUUCCUCGCGUAACUACAGCAACAAAGUACCGUCGCAUCCUCAAAGCAGCUUUGGACGACCCUUUCCGCGCCGCCAGGGAUAUCAGGGACGCACUGGAGCUCGAGAUCAGCGACACUACUGUUCUGAGAUGCCUCUACGAUGCUGGCCUACACAGCCGUGUAGCUUGCCAGUUGCCGCUGCUGACGGAAAGGCACAAGCAGCUGCGGCUUGACUUCGCUCAUUUUCUGGAGAAUUGGACUGUGGAGGACUGGACCCACCUCAUCUUCAAUGACGACUCUACGUUCUGCACCCCGUUAGACCAGAGGAGGCGAGUUUGGAGGCCUGGCAACUUCUGGCGUCAUCAAGCGUGGAGGCCUCUCGUCCAACGUCAUCCCCGAUGAGACCGAGAUGGAGUACCGAGUAAGGGCUCCUACGACCCGAGAGCUCGUCACUCUCACGGAGAAAGUGAAAGGCUGCUUCCUUGCCGCUGCCGAGGCCACUGGCUGCACAGUGGCGAUCGACGUCCCCACGCCCAUUGUGAAGCACAUUGUUCCCAACGAAACACUUGCCCGAGUUUUUCAGAAGCACGGAGAGAGCCUAGGAAUGCGUUUCAUCGACGCCGACCCGGCUGACAACAUUGCAGUGGGAGCGUCUACGGACGCCGGAAAUGCGUCCCACGUCGUUCCUUUCAUCCACCCGUUGUACGACAUCGGGACAAAGGCCCUCAACCAUUCAAAGGCGUUUACCGAAGCUGCAGGAACCGAGGCCGGGCAUCGGGAAACUCUGAAGGCCGCGAAAGCCCUCUGCUUCACGGUCCUGGACGUGCUCGGGAAUGAAAAGCUGCUUAAAGAUAUCAAGGAAGAAUUUCAUGCUGAAUUCAACAGCACAAGGGCGGAAAAGAAAUAGGAGAAUUUUAUGUUUUCUUCAAAUCAUGGAUGAUUUUAUAGUUGGGAUUUAUUAUUUUAGGAUUAGGUUUUGUUUUUGUAAAAAUAUUUGGAGUGCGUCUGCACACGCUGAUUGUUAAACUUCCGAUUCUCUGAAGUCUUUUUUUUUUCUUUUAAUCAAAGUUUAAUCUUGUUAUAUUCGUAUUUGUAAACUUAUGCUAUAAAAUAGAUAACGCUCACAUAGGAACGCAUAAAAAGUUCACAAUUCGUUGAAACGUAAAGAAUACUUUUUUAGAAACCUGUGGGAUAUUGGCUGUCACUAUUACAGGCACAUUGCCUCCAUCACCUCGUGAAAGCAAAAGUAACAUAGUCUAUAAAGUCAAAACGGGCAGAAUGGAUAGCACAAUGUUGUGAUUGGAUUGAUUUGUCAUGCAGCGCUCUGCCCAGAAUAGUCGUGGUUUUGUUUUGUGAUCGUUUUCUGCUAACGAAAUGCUUUCGGGCAAGUACAAAAUAAUAAAAGCAAUACAUGUGAA